AUGCUCCUCCUCCUCCUCCUCCUCCUCCAACCCUCACUCCCACUGUCCCCAUCACUCGAGAAGUCCUCCAAACAACGCACCUCCUCCUCCCCACCCCCACACCUCCCCCCCUCCGCCUUCUCCCACACCACCCCCACAAUCACCACCCCGUAUAUCAACGCCGUCCGCGCCGCGAGCCAGCAUCCCGCCGACGCCCCCGCUUCGUCUUCCUCCGCAUUGGCUUCCCUCUCCCCCUCCCCCUCCUUCUUGACGGCCGUCACCGCUGCCGCCGCCGCCGCCACUACCACCCUAAUUACAUCCUCAACUAACCCCGCCAUGACGCCCACCCGCGCCGUCGCCCCCGCCACCGCGCCGCAUGCGCUUGCGACGAUGGAGGCGGAGAAGGGGGCGAGGAUGGUGGCGUGGUAG